AUGAGUCAAAUCGAGUCAAGUCUCAAACUUUUCAACAAUAAAGAACAGAUCAAAAUGGUAGCAUCUCCAGCUUCAAUGAAGUCUUAUAACUCCGUAUUAGACUUGAAGGUGGGUGGUUGGAUUAUUCAAAAGUUUGGUGGUACUUCUGUAGGUAAAUUCCCAGAAAACAUUGUAGAUGAUAUAGUUAAAGUUACUAGUGAAACUAACAGAGUGGCAGUAGUAUGUUCAGCUAGAUCAUCUAAAACUAAAAGUGAAGGUACCACUUCAAGAUUACUUCGUGCAGCUGACUUAGCUUAUGCUGAAGAAGAUUUUUCUAGUCUUUUAGCUGUUAUUGAACAAGAUCAUGUUGAUAAUGCUGAAGCUAAGAUUAAAGAUUCUACUAUAAAACAAGAAUUAAUCGAUGAUACCAAGAAAGAAAUAGCGAGAGCUCAUGAAUUAUUGAAUGCUUGUAAAGUUAUUGGAGAAAUCAGUAACAGAACUUUAGAUUCAAUCAUGUCUAUUGGGGAAAAAUUAUCCUGUAGAUUCAUUUGCAGUUUAAUGAAAGAUCAUGGAUUAAAUUCCGUUUAUAUUGAUUUAUCCGAUAUCAUUCCAUUAGAUUAUGAUUUCAAUAAUGGAUUUGAUGAUAGCUUUUAUAGAUUUUUAGCUACAUCAUUAGGAGAAAAAAUCACAUCUUUAGAUAAUGAUGUUAUACCAGUUUUAACAGGAUAUUUUGGUGUUGUCCCUGGAGGAUUAUUAAAUGGGGUUGGUAGAGGAUAUACUGAUUUAUGUGCAGCUUUAAUAGCUGUUGGAGCACAAGCUGAAGAAUUACAAGUUUGGAAAGAAGUUGAUGGUAUUUUCACUGCUGAUCCUAGAAAAGUUCCAAAUGCUAGAUUAUUAGAUAGUGUUACUCCAGAAGAAGCAGCUGAAUUAACUUAUUAUGGAUCAGAAGUCAUUCAUCCUUUCACUAUGGAACAAGUUAUUAAAGCUAAAAUCCCUAUUAGAAUCAAAAAUGUAGAGAAUCCUUCAGGUAAUGGAACUAUUAUUUAUCCUGAUAAUAUGGGUAGAAGAGGUGAAGCUACCCCACCACAUCCUCCAGCAGCUUAUGAAACUUUAUCAUCAUCAUAUAUUUCAACUCAUAAGAAAAGAUCAGCUACUGCUAUUACUGCUAAACAAGAUAUUGUGGUUAUAAAUGUCCAUUCAAAUAAGAAAACCUUAUCCCAUGGAUUCUUAGCCCUUUUAUUCACCACCUUGGAUAAAUACAAAUUAGUAGUUGAUUUAAUUUCUACCUCCGAAGUCCAUGUAUCAAUGGCUUUAUCAAUUCAAUCAGAUCAAGAGAAACAAUUAAAAUUAGCAUUAGUAGAUUUAAGAAAAAUGGGUACUGUUGAUGUUACAAGAAACAUGACUAUUAUAUCAUUAGUUGGUAAACAAAUGGUGAAUUUCAUUGGUAUAGCUGGUACUAUGUUCAAAGUAUUAGCAGAUGAACAAAUAAAUAUUGAAAUGAUCAGUCAAGGAGCUAAUGAAAUCAAUAUAUCAGCCGUUAUAAAUAACGAUGAUACUUUAAGAGCAUUAAAAUCUAUCCACGCUAAAUUAUUAGAGGGUAAUUAUGAUUGGACUAGAACUGAAAGUGCUGUAAAUUUAAGACUUGAAUCAAUAAAGUUCGAAAAUUAA